AUGACCGUCGCUUGCACUGAGUGUCGCGCGCAGCAUCUCCGCUGCGAUUUCAAAAAGCCAACCUGUUCGCGCUGUUCCGAUGCCCGACUGGCCUGUAUCUAUCUCCCUUCACGACGUGGAGGCAGACGAAAGCCUGCAGCUCUGGCUGCUCGUCAAGUGCCCAGCCCUUCACAUUCGGGGACCUCUCUAGAGAAAAAGGACCAGCCUCCGGCUCUUGUUUCCGACGCCCGCUUAGUCGGUCUCUACUACGAGCACUUCCACCCUGCCCACCCGAUCCUGGUUCCCUCACGCCUCUAUGAGAGUCGAGACUACCCUCGUUACUUGCGCCAUGUCGUCGCCUUUAUUGGCAGCCAGUACUCCGCGGUUCUGUCGAAGGAUUCACUUGCGGAAGCAACUGCGCUCGAGCUCAGCACCACUGUCGACCGGACCCCCUGUAUGGUGCAGGCACUUCUCCUCUAUUCCAUCAUCCUCAGUGCGCGCAACGAGCACCACCAGGCAGAGAUCUCCCUCGCUCGGGCAACGGAGAUUGCCCUGGAACUGGGGAUGUAUCAGAAGGAAUUCGCCGCGACCAUGGCUGACAGCCAGGAGCCCGAAGCAGAAAGCUUGCGCCGGACAUGGUGGGAGCUGUUCGUCGUCGAGGUCUAUACUGCCGCUCUCCAGCCGAAGCCUCAGCUUCAGUUAAGGUGCAGCCAAGUGGCGUACGAUGUCCCACUCCCAUGUGAAGAGUCCUUGUACACCUCCCAGGAGACCAUCCCCCAUCCACCGAGCCUCGACUCCUUCAGCAUGCGACUGUUUACCGACGAGGACGAGGACGAGGCGGCCAUACACCGCUACUCAUCCUACAGCUACCGGAUUGAAGCCGCCCGCAUUCUCGCGCGCGUGCUCGUUCUCAACAACCUACCUGAGACGCAGACGCAUCCAGAUCACGCGCAGGCUGUGACCAAUGCCCUCGUCAGCUGGGCAAACCACCUCCCGCCGCAAAAGGCCGCCUCCGGCAUCAUAGACAUGUACGGGGGCGUUGACGAGAUGCUCUUCCAAGCCCACAUCACCAUCCAUUACGCCUCCAUGCUGUUGCACCUCCCACGCAGCAACCUUAGUCCCAGUCUAGACGCCCCCGACAGCCCCGGUCACGGGCACGCAGGCAGUAAGACUAUCUACCCCGCAAUACCUAGUAUCCGCCUGCCUCCCUCAUCAGCCCGCCAGGUACACGAUGUCAUGGCCACCGAGGCCUCGAAGAGUCUCACCAACCUUCUUUCCAUGCGGCCUUGCGCAAGCGCCCGCACAUACAGUCCAUUUGCUGUGUCCGGCCUGCUCCUAGGCGGACUGAUGCAGCUCUUCACCAGCGAGCACCAUCCACCCGCCUGUGCGGACCAUCACCACAACCGCGUGAUUCUCGUUCUUGGGGCUCUGAAGCUCCUGCGACAAAAUUGGGCUCUUGCGAGAGAGGCGCACCGCCAGCUGCGGCUUGCCGCCGCGGAGACCGUCUCAAUUAUCUCGUCUUGCAGGAGAUCGGUAGCUUUAGCGAGCGCUGGUCUUACUUCUACAGCUGGAGGAAACAAAAGUCCCAGCAACUGUAGUUGGACCCCGCGGCUUGUACCUGCAGGUGGGAAUCCCGGUCUUCGAAAUGAGGCUUCGCCUCCGCUUGCCACCUCGCCGGUCUUUCUCUCCGAGUACGUGGAUCCAACAUGCAGCGAUCCGUUCCUGUUUGACAGGCUGUCGGGGUUGGCAGGAGUUGACUAUCUCCAGCUGCUGGUCUACUAA